AUGACGAAACAUGCUGGGCCACAGGUUGGCUCGCCUGAGGCCUUUGCCGCUGCGAUCCUCGCGAAAGGAUUGCCCUCUAAGGACGACGUGCUCGCUUUGGCACGCAUGCUGCCUAUGAGCCCCUCUCCCAGAGAUGAAGCUGCCAAGUCCUUUAGCACGGGUGCAUGCGUGCAUGGCGGAGCCGUGAACAUACGCAAGACGUGCGGCCUGCAUCCUUUUGCGACUCUUGCUCUCACCGCCUUCGUGCGUGCGAAAGCCCCCGAGUGCACUUUCAGCACAGUCACUGUGCUAUUCGAGGACUCCGCACCGCCACAUAGAGAUCUACAAAACUACUCUUGCGAGAAUCACGUUUUCCCUUUGAGCACCUUCUCAGGGGGCGAGCUGUGGGUUGAGGGGCAUGGCGACGAAAGGCAGGUGCUAGACGGCAAAGAAGUAAUCGGAGGCCCGCUGGAGUGGGUAGGCGACUGUGUCAAGUUCCGUGCAGACAAGUUGACACACUUCGUUCUGCCGUGGAAGGGUUCAAGGGCUCCAGAGGUCGAUCGAGAGCCAAACACAGGCAUUGCAUCUCCUGGGGAUGGAUUCAUGGCGGAGCCCAGAAAAGCGCACCUGCUCGAGAAGCCUUUGUUCAUCGAGGUAUGCGCGGGCUCAGCCCUCCUUUCAAGUGUCGCUCGAGAGGCAGGGUUCGACAUUCUGCCCAUUGAUGCAGGACACAAGGUUCCCCGGGCGUAUGCACAUGUGCUUCGCCUCGACUUGCGAGAAUCGCUCACGCUUCAGUUUCUAGAGAAUGUGUUACAGAAUCGAGCUGUCGCUUGGAUACACUUCUCCCUGCCAACUGGUACGACUGGGCGUGUCUUUCGAAGCCUCGCCUCUCCCAGAGGUCUGCCCAACUUGCAAGAGCCCGGAGCCUCCCGCGUGCUGGCGGCUAACGCCAUCUUCGACAACGUUGCCACUUUGCUUCAGAAAAUCCUUGCAUCAUUUCCGUCGGUUGGUGUCUCUGUAGAGCAUCCCAUCGGGUCUGCCGUUUGGGAGCUGCCAGCCUUUGCUCAGCUUCGACGCUCUCUGUCACGAGUCACCCUGACUGCAUGCUUCUUCGGUGCAUUCUGCAAUCGCAAGACCCUCCUUGUGACCAACCGAGAUGUUUUCCAGUCAAUGGGCGGCCUUUGCCCCGGUUGUGUAAGCCACGGCAAGCCUCCAGGCUCAGGUUUCCGAAUGGAUGGCAGCUACCCCAAAGCCUUUUGUGAGGCCUUUGUUGGACACGUUGCAGCUCACUCUGCCUCGUGCGGCUUCUUCUUGGCACCCCAAGCGGCUUCACGCACGGCCGCGCAGGCCCAACCUCGUGCCUCGAAAUUCCCGCCGUUGAUCUCCGAGAUUCGCCUACACUGUGUCGGCUCCAAGCUGCUGCGGUCCAGUGUUCCAGGGGGCCCGAAUUGCCCGCCGCAUCCUGGCAACAAACGUGUCCUCUUGAUGAAAAAGAUCGCCUCCUCCCUUAAUUGGCCUGACACCACCUUAUGGGAUGAUCUUACUCAGGGGUUUAAGCUUACCGGGUCCCAACCCCGGACGGGCAUCUUUGAGCCAGACUGUAAGCCAGCCAUUUCUUCUGAGUCCGAGUUCUGGAUGGCAGCGUCUGCUCAAAGGGACGCAACGUGGAAGCGAGUAGACAGUGCACCGCCUCAAGAAUACUCAGAGCCCCUUUGGGACAUCACUCUUGAGGAGGCAGACCCUAGUGGGAAGCAGUGGCUACACGGCCCGCUUUCUCGCGCAGAAGUGGACUCGAUUUUUCCUCUAGGCUGGAUGCCUUGCAGAAGAUUCGCUGUGUGGCAGGGCAAGUGGCGGCCCAUCGAUGACUUCAGUGAGAAUGGGGUCAACGCAUGCUUUGAAUGCUUCGAGCGCCUCUCCCUCAAAGCCUUGGACGAGGUCGCAUGGGUUUGCAUGUAUAUCAUGAAAGCUUGCAAAUACACAGGAUCCGUUGAUCUCGAGCUCAGCGAUGGGACUAGGCUUCGUGGUCCGGUGCACGCUUGUUGGAAAGACGUGGCACACUCCAAGCCUCAGACCAAAGCCUAUGAUCUUAAAUCCGUGUACAAGCAGCUGCCUCUGAGGCCGUCCGAGCAAGCGAAGGCGGUUCUCGUCCUGAAGAAGCCAGGAGGCUCCGCUUGUGGCUUCGUGUGCAAAACAUUGCCGUUCGGCGCAUCCGCGUCGGUGCUGCAAUUCAACAGAGUUUCGCUCUUCCUCCAAAGGCUUCUGUGGGAACUCCUUGUCCUGACCAGCUGCUACUUUGACGAUUAUCCUGCUGCAGCCCCCACUUUACUCUCUCAGUCGACUGAUCACGUUGUUCACUCGCUGAUGGAUCUCCUGCAAUUUCAGAUGGCAAAGCCCAAAGAGAAACCUUUUGCCACCGUAACAGAAAUGCUUGGAGUUCUUGUGGAUACCUCCGAUGAUUCGCUUGCGAGUGUAAAGAUCGGUAAUAAGCCGGAUCGAGCUGCUACGCUCUCCGAGGCUUUAGGCAGCAUCAUUUCUUCAGGUCGUGUUGAGGUCAGAACUCUGCCGACUCUCUUUGGCAGACUCCAGUUUGCUGAGGCCCAAAUCCUCGGCAGAACUGGGCGACUGGCAGUCGCGGACGUUCGCAAACUUGAGCACAGCAAGUCGGAGUUCGUGGAUCUGAGAGAUGACCAGCUGCAAGCUUUUAAGGUGCGUACUUUCGGCUGUAAGGUCAAUGAUGAUCUUGUGUCCAAAUGGUCCUCUGAAAAGAGGCACCUUAUUGGGCAAACAGAGCUUUUCGCUGUAGUCCUUGCUCGGUCGCUAUGGUCGCAGUACCUUGCAAAUAAGAGGACACUUUUCUUUAUUGACCAUUCUGGUGUGCUGGGGGCAUGCGUCUCGGGGUCUGCCACUGACCCUUACUGGCGAGAACUCUUGUUACACUUUGAGGCUGCCGAUGAGCCCGGACCAUGUCUCUCGUGGUUCAUGCGAGUCCCCAGCCACAGCAACUUGGCGGACGCCCCUUCGAGGGCAAAAUGGUCCGAGAUGACCUACUUGGAGCCGUAUUCCAGGGAUCGUCCUGCAUGCUUCGUUUCAGGCACUCUCCUCGCUGACGUCGAGUCAUAG